CCCCCCGCAUAUGUAAAAGCUUUCAAAGACCUUAGAAGGCAUUUUGUGAGAUCGUACCCUGUCUACGUCUCUCCAGUCUACGUAAGCCAGGGAGAAGAAAAUACCUUUUGUGGGAGUCCCGGGGGUUGCAGGGGCUCCCCUAGGUCAGCAGUAAAACUCACCCCUGCUCGCAGCCCCCCAUCCCCACCUCUCCUUCCUGGCCCGGCAGACCCCCGCUCCCAGCCACUGCCGUCCACAUCCUGCCUCGCUGACUGUGUGUGCUUACAGCGUCAAGGGGUGGACGUGAUAUUUCAAACAUCAGAUCAGUGCGUUUAUAUAUUGGGUGCCCGGAAAUUUUUCCAAAUAAACACAGCUUGAUUCAACUUGGGUGGGCGGACUUAUCAACAGACUAAUUCUAUAAACAAAUGAAGGAAUAGCCCUGAAACCGAUUGGCUGGUAUCAAAAAGACACGUGGAGAGAGAAGCUUGGAGUUUUUCAGCAAUGAAAUUUUAAUUAAUGUGGGUGGGCUGGGAACACAACGACUGUUUAUCAUAGACAAUUUAUUUUCCAGCGCUAAGUCAACAUAUAAUAGCAAACUUAUAACAAUUAUUUAACAUUUCUGAAGCCAUGAAGAAGGGACAGAGCGUGCAGCGGCCGGGGAGAGCGGCAGAGCGGGGGACAGGCGCACGGCCGGCUCCCCGGGAGGGCCCUAGCCGCGUUGGGCGCAGUCCCUAAGCCCGCCCGGGUCGCUAGCGUCGCGGGGAGCGCAUCACCGGCUCCCCUCGCCAUGAGCCACCUCUUCGGUCCCCGGCUGCCUGCUCUGGCCGCCUCGCCCAUGCUCUAUCUGUACGGCCCCGAGAGACCCGGGCUGCCUCUGGCCUUCGCCCCUGCGGCCGCUCUAGCCGCGGCGGGACGGGCGGAGCCCCCACAGAAGCCGCCCUACAGCUACAUCGCCCUCAUAGCCAUGGCAAUCCAGGACGCGCCGGAGCAGAGGGUCACGCUCAACGGUAUCUACCAGUUCAUCAUGGACCGCUUCCCCUUCUACCACGACAACAGGCAGGGCUGGCAGAACAGCAUCCGCCACAACCUCUCGCUCAACGACUGCUUCGUCAAGGUGCCCCGCGAGAAAGGGCGGCCAGGCAAAGGCAGCUACUGGACGCUGGACCCUCGCUGCCUGGAUAUGUUCGAGAACGGCAACUACCGUCGCCGGAAGAGGAAGCCCAAGCCCGGCCCCGGGGCCCCUGAGGCCAAGCGGUCUCAGCCCCAGGCGCAAGAGCACGGUGUAGAGGCGCAGCCAGACUCGGGGAGCCAGGAAAGGCGCCCGGGCCCCGCAACCCCCAGCCACGAGGGAGCGCCCCCGCGUCCUUGGCACCUCCGGAGGGGCUCCUCUACGCCGGCACCUCUCCUCUGCCCGGGGCCCGAGCCCCCAGGGCAGGAUGCAGGAGACAACGUCCAGGUCGCAGCGGCAGUGGCGGUGGGCCAGCAAGGGCGCACGAGGGAGGGCCGGGAGUCCCCUCCGCGCCCCGCCUCUCCGAAGAGCUCCGACAAGUCCAAGAGCUUCAGCAUAGACAGUAUCCUGGCGGGGCGGCGGGACCAGAAGCCAACUGCAGGGGCCGAGCUCCAGGGAGUUGCCAAGCAGGGGCCCAGCGGCUGUCUCGGCACCUCGAUUCUUGCCACCCCCGCUAACCUCCAGCCACCUUUCAACGCUUCCCUAAUGCUCGACCCGCACGUCCAGGGUGGCUUUUACCAGCUCGGGAUCCCUUUCCUCUCCUACUUCCCCCUGCAGCUCCCCGACACCGUGCUCCCCUUCCAGUAACGCGAGCGGUGGAGCGUUCUCUCCCCUGCCCGGGUCUGAGCUACUUGUGAGCCGCCACGGCUCCCACCGCUGGGGGAAGAAUUCGCUUUUUAUUUUUCAUAAAGAUCUUUUCCUUGGCUGAGGUGUGGACCUUGGAAAGUAUUUCCAACUUAUGCGCGCAGGUGGGGGGGUGCUUCUUGAAGGGGACCUUCCCGAACCCGGACGUCUUAGGAUAUUAAAAAGAUCCUGUCCCCAGGGAGUUGGGCAUCUUAGACCUCCUACCGCACGAGCAGGAGAACACCUUGAGCUCAGGUCAGUUUAAAGGUGCGGCCUUCAGCCACUCACCAUAGGUCCUGCGCGUCUGGGGCACGUGCAGGCCCAAACGACCCGCAGGCAGCAGAGGGGAGAAAUGUGGUUCUUUCCGUCUGAGAGCCACUGGCAUUCAGGCUUAUCCCCUGCUCCCCCAGCUCUGUUAUCACUGCGACUCAGACCUUGGCUUUCACCC